AUGGCGCCACCGGGAAGACCGGCAGGAGGUAAAGCGAAAGGGGAAUGCAACAGCAUAGAGAAGUACGUAGCAGGAGGAGAAGAGACAAUAAUAACUGCACUGAAAAAGAUAGAAAAAGAGAUUGAGCAAAAUAUUAGCAAAAAGAUGGAAAGGAUGAUGGAACAACUCGAUCAGAUAAGGAAAGAAUGGGAAGAAGAAAAGCAGACAAGAGAAGAGGAAAGAAGGAAAGAAAAAGAAGAAUGGAAGGAAGAGAAGAAGAAUCUGGAGAGGAGAAUAGAGAACCUAGAAUGGGAAAAAGAGAAAAAAGAUAGAGAAAAACGGAAAAACAACAUAAUAAUGAGAGGAGUAAACAAAUGGGAGGAAGAUAAAAUUGAACAAGAGACAAAGGAGUUCAUAAAAGAGAACCUGAAAAUAGAGGUGGACAUCAAGGUGGAUAAUCAAGGCAUACAAAGUGCAGUCCAGAGGAGACAAAUGUACGGUAGUGGCAGAAGUAGGAACCUGAGAGCAAAAGAGAGAGAUAAUGGUCAAAAAGAAAGAACUAAGAGCAGGAGUCUUUAUAGACGACGAUCUAACGAGGAUGGAAAGGGAAAUGCAGAACAAACUGAGGGAGAAAGCGAAGGAAGAAAGAGAAAAAGGAAACAAGGUCAAGGUAGGAUACGGAAAGAUUAUGAUAGAAGACAAAUGAUAGAUGAGGAAGGAUGGAAGAAGAUAGAGAACAAGGUCUCAAAGGAAUACAUCUGGAAAUGCAUACCGGCAAAAAAGGAACAUACGAAAGGAAGGGCAAAAGGCGGGAUCGUGAAGGCAGUAAGAAAAAGUCUAGAACAAGUGGAAAUCAAAGAGAUAAACGGAGAAAUGGCAGAGGCUAAACUGAAAUACAACGGAAACAGUUGGAGGAUCGUUACGCUUUAUAGCCAAAAGAUAGAAGAAACGGUAGAAACCCUAACGGAGCAGAUACCAGAAGAAGAAGAAAACUACUUACUGAUAGGAGGAGAUUUCAACGCAAGCACAGGCAAUAAAGGAGGCCCAAUAGAAGAAGAAGGAGAAGAGAGAAGUGAAAUCAGACGGUCCAUAGACAAAGUAAGUAAUAGAGAAGGAAGGAUAUUAUUAAACAAAGUAGAAGAAAGAGGCUGGACAAUCUUGAAUGGAAGCUUCGACGAGGAAGGAGGAUGGACAUACAUAGGAGGGUCAGGUAUGUCGGUCAUAGACUAUAUAAUAGGAAAUGAUAGAGCGGCAGGAGAAGUAAAAUCGAUGAAAGAAGGAGACAGAACAGAGUCAGAUCACAUUCCAUUAGAAGCGGAGGUAAUAGGCGCACAAACAAAAAAGAAAAAAGGCGGAAACAAGACAAAAGAAAUAGAGAAAAGUGUCUGGUCAGAAGAAGGAAUAGAAAACUACAGAGAAAAUUGCAAAGACUGGGCCAGCACACGGAACGAGACGGAAGACAUAUGGAGGGAAAUAAGAGAUAAGAGAAUGGAAAGAAAAGAAAAGAGAAUUAAGAAAAAUGCUGAGAAACCUAAAGAAGGGAAGAAUCGACAGAGAAGAUUAUAUAGCAAGGAGGAAGGAAUACAAGAAUGGUGCAAAGAGCAGAAGAAGAGACACGAACAAGCAGAAGAAGAGGAAAUACGAAAGAUAAAAAGUGAAAAAGAGGCGUGGAAAUACAUUAAUAAAUACGGAAAGCAGAGAAAGGAGAGGAUAAGCGACGAUAUAAGGAUGGACGAAUGGAGAGAGUACUUCAUUGGAUUACUCGGGGGAACACAGAGUAAAAUAGAACUAGAAAAAGGUGAACAAGAAAAGGAAACAGACAUAACGAGGGAAGAACUAGAAGACAUAACGAAAGAAGAACUAAAAGAAACAUUGAGAAAGUUAAAAAAAGCAAAAGCGCCAGGAGAAGAUGGAAUAGAAAACGAGGCGUGGAUACAUAUGUCACAUGAAAUAGGAGAAGAAUUCUGGAAAUUGAUAAAUAAAAUAUGGAAAGGAAAAGGACUACCAGAAGAUUGGAACAAAGGCGUAAUUAGCCCAAUACACAAAAGAGGAGACAGAAACGAAAUAAAAAAUUACAGAGGGAUAACGCUAAUGGAUUCAGCGUACAAAAUAUAUGCAAGUAUUUUGAACAAGAAACUAGAAAAGGAAAUAGAAAACAAGCUAAGAGAGACACAGUUUGGCUUCAGGAAGGGAAGAGGAACCAUGGACGCAGUCUAUACUGUGAACUACAUAGUGAACAGAGAACUAAGCAAGAAAGGAGGAAAAAUAUUCAUAUUUUUUGCGGAUUUAAAAGCAGCCUUCGACAAGGUGAACAGAAAACUGCUGAUAGAGAUGAUGGAGAAGAUGGAAAUAGAAACAAACUUGAGAUAG